CAAUAACACCUUUAAAAUUAGUUUCUGCCAUCUCCAUGAGCAAACUGCAAACCCUGUUUACUUAAAUAAAAGCUUAAUUUCAUCUCAAAUUAUAUCACUAAGAUCAAACAUGGCUGACUUUCAAGUCUGCAGCGUUUUCUUCAUUUGGGUAGUUUCCAUGAUUUUGAUGAGAGCAAUCUUUAGAAAAACCAAGACCAAAUCUCUUCUUCCACCAAGCCCAUUGGCCCUGCCAAUCAUUGGACACCUUCACCUCCUCGGCCCCUUACCACACCAAGCUCUUCACAAACUUUCAACUAGCUAUGGACCUUUAAUUCAUAUUCGUCUUGGCUCUGUCCGUUGUGUUGUUGCUUCUUCCCCAGAAAUAGCUAGAGAGAUUAUUAAAAACUAUGAUACUUGUUUAUGUGGGCGUCCAAAAUCGAUUGCUAUCAACUACCUUUCAUAUGGCUUGGAUGGUUUCCUUUUUGCUGAUUAUGGACCUUACUGGAGGUUUCUUAAGAAACUAUGUGUGUCUGACCUUCUUGGUGGUAGGACUCUGAACCGGUUUCUUCCAGUCAGAUCUGAAGAGGUAAGGCGGUUCAUAAACUUUAUGCUGAGGAAAGCAAACGAAAGCGAGGCAGUAAAUGUUGGAGGAGCGCUAACAAGGCUAACAAAUAACGUAAUAUCUAGAAUGACUAUGAGUCAAAAGUGUUCGAAUAAUGAAGAAGAAGACGAUGAGGUGAGGAAGUUGGUAAAAGCUGUAUUUGAGCUGAUCGGGAAGAUGAAUCUGGCAGAUUUUAUUUGGUUUUGUAAGAAAUUGGAUUUGCAGGGAUUUGAGAAAAAGGCCAAGGAAGUUCGUGACAAGUUUGACUCCAUGAUGGAGAGAAUUAUAAAAGAGCACGAAGAAGCAAGAAGGAUAAAAAGAGAAACGGGGGGAGAUGACGAAGAUGAUGCAGUGAAGGAUUUCCUUGAUAUUCUACUAGAGGUAGCAGAAGAUGAGAGCUCGGAAAUAAAGUUGAGUAGAGAAAACAUAAAGUCUUUCAUCCUGGAAAUUUUUUCAGCUGGUACCGACACAUCUGCCAGUACUAUGGAAUGGGCACUGGCAGAGCUAAUCAAUCACCCAGAUGCGAUGAAGAAGGCAAGAGAAGAGAUAGAUCUCGUUGUGGGAAGGAGCAGACUAGUGGAAGAAUCAGAUAUAGCUAAUCUUCCUUACCUCCAAGCUAUUGUGAAAGAAACGAUGAGGCUUCACCCUAAUGGCCCACUGAUCAUGAGAGAGUCGAUUGAAAAUUGUACUAUUCAGGGUUAUGAAAUUCCAGCAAAGACAAGACUCUUCAUUAACGUGUGGGCUAUAGGAAGAGACCCAAACCACUGGGAAAACCCACUUGAGUUCCGCCCGGAAAGGUUUCUCGGUGAAGAUGAAAAGAAGCAGUUGGAUGUUCGAGGACAACAUUUUCAGCUUUUGCCUUUUGGUGGUGGAAGAAGAGCGUGUCCUGGAAUGUCAUUAGCACUGUGUAUGAUUCACAAAGCAGUUGCUGCUAUGAUUCAGUGCUUUGAGUGGAAGCUUUCUGAUUCUGGAGAAGAUGGCACUGUUGAUAUGGAAGAAGGACCUGGACUAACUCUUCCAAGGGCUCAUCCCUUAAUUUGUUACCCGGUCACUAGGCUCACUCCAUUCCCAUCAUUCUGAUUCAUCAUAACAUAUGAUAUUGUGAUAAAAUAGAAUACUAUUUCCUUUUUUACAUGUGAAAUACUUGGUUCUUAUUGUGAUA